AACAACCCAAGAAACAAGUACGGCACCAGUUCUCCGAUGUUGCUUCUAUACCACAUACGAAGCACCACUGUGGUAGGGUUCCCUUUUCCUCAGCUUCUGCACUAAGUUUUGCCCGGCGACCUUUGCUUCGUGGUCCAAACACGUGGGCCUCCAGAGCUUCACGGUCAGCGUUCACGGCAUCAAGUUUGGGCAGCCAGCGAACCCAUGGACAUCGCCUUCUAACCCCCGCCAUAACAUGCAGUCGCAUGGAAAUAUCUCUGUCAAGGGCCAAAAAUCCCCCCAGCCCUUUUACAGGCUCGCCUGGUGAGUGCGCUUGGAUGACACUGUAGAAAGUCUGCCCGAUUUUAAGGCUCCUUUGCACCCAGUUCUCAGUUUGGGCAGUAUAGAGAACGCCCAUAGCCUCAAGCAGGACUGGGAUUGUUACUGGCCGACUGACUAGGGCGCGCCAGUACAUGAUGGUCUGAAGGAUAUCUUCUUCCUGUACGAAGCCGAGAGGACGAGUCAUGGGGCUAUCAAAGUUGAUGGCGAUGCCACUGGUCCCUAAGCCCUUGCCGAAUGCGACCAGAUCAGGCUUUUCGUUGCCGUACUCGCUCCGUUGGAACGCAAAUGGGGAACCACAUCUGAUGGCUGCAAGCGCCUCGUCAACUAUAAACCAGAGCUUGUGUUCUGUGCAGCACGUCUGAAGCAAUUUGAACCGCUCUGGGGAGAGAACUGAACCAUCCUCUGUGCUGACUAUAUCAACAACUACUGCAAUGCAGCCUUGCGCCUUUGCUUGUGCCAAAGAUGCACUCAGACUUUCUCUCGUUAUGUCGUCAUCGACGUGAACCACGAUUGGUUUGGGGCCAGAGGCGAUGAUCUGCAUCUCCCAUUCUUUGGAGGCAUGAGCCUUUGAGUUAAUGAUUAGAUACCGUUGCCCUUAGAACCUGUGAAAAAAUCGUCCAACCCAAAUACUCACAAGAGGACCAAACGCAGCCCCAUACAAUCCCUGAACAACCGCAAAUUUUGGUUGCUCUACAUGCAAUUGCUCCCACCCUAGAUAAUCCAAUACAAACUGCUGGAUUUUCCUCCCGUCUUCCCCGGCGGAUGAACUUGGAGCCAAAGUCGGAUUGUUCAAAACUAAAGGACUGGUUGCGCAAGUGUUCUGAAUCAGGCUAGAGACUGUGGUCGGAAGUAGUGCGUCGCUGACAUGGCCGUGCAAUGAAAUUGGAUAGUAUCCGUCGAAGAAGUCCCGGAAGAGAGCAGUAUAUUCCCUGAGCAGGUUGUGGUAAUUUCGCCGGACUCCGGUUGGGUCACGCCCAUACUGUUCCCACAAAGGCAGUAUUCGUUCAUGAUUCAAGACGCUCUGGGCUGAGUAAUUGCAUCCCCAGGAGUUGUGAAGAUCGUGAUCUGGAAGUAAGUCCGAUGGUGCACUGUCCCGGCCAUGGCUGUCCCCUCGGGACGGCGGAAGUACCCUCGAUAAAACCGAAGAUAGCCAGGACGACAUCGCAAAUGAUAACGACAGAUAUCAGAGAAAGACAGGGCAUAAAUCUGCUGCAAAGGGUAUGAAGAGACUGGGGGCUUUGGCACUAGCUUUGGUCAUUUUGCCAGGAAAGUACCCUGGGAUAUACAAUGGGUGGUCAUCGUCUAAGAUCUUGUAUACUUUGCAUCCCACGUCCCGUUCCCUGAUAGAAAUGGGGAGUUUCAGCCUUAUCCUCCCGGAAUGUAAUGAACACGCUUGAAUUGCGCCCCGAUUUCUAACUGGGCCAGCUGAUGCCAACUCACCAAAUGUCGAAUAACCGGGCAAAGCUAUGUACGGGGUACGUACAUAAACAGUCAGUUCAAUGACAUAUCACUGUUUUUUGGUACAGGGUAAUUGCAUACAAUUUUGAUAUUCUAGUUUAUUCCAGGGAGUUAGGGCCGUCCCUCCAGAUAUCCACCCCUGCGGAGUCCUCCAUAGCUGACUGUUGGUACAUUUGCUAACCCACAGUUUCCGUACAAGUCAGCGCAUCCCCACAAACAGGAAUGGAAUUGGACUUGGGAGUUGUGGGUUGUAGGUGAACUGUUAAAAUCAUGGCCAUUGGAACAGAAGCCUAGAUUACAAAGGCUGUCCAAGAUGUUCUGUUCUUCAAUUAAGCUAUUGCUCUUAGUUUUAGUUCGGUGUAUUCGUUUUGAAAUAUCCAAAAAGAGAUUGCUGCUCGUUUAUAUGCUGGAUUCUGUUGAAAUGUGUUCCGGGUGAUUAUCCUCAUUGCUGUGAACCCAAAUGUUGAGGCUGAAUUAUUUAAACUCAGCUGCUUCACUCCUGAUCUCAUUCAGUGAAUAUGAUCAUGACUAGAUGAGUUAGGAGUCUCACUGAAACUAUAUGAGACUACCAUCUUCAGCAUGUAUCUGGUGAUCAGAAUCAAUCAAUGAGAUCAAUGAGAUUGAUCACAAAGCAAAAUGGUCACAGUCAUGUGACCUUCAUAUCUAGGGCAAUGAUAUUGUAGGCUAACUACGGAGUAAGCGCACUGCUGGUAUAAGGGCCGAUCAACCCGGGACCCCCAACAGAUAUCUAUCUAUACAAGUGUUUUUAUGAUUAAAAAAUCUUCUAUAUACAGUUGCUAACUGUUCGGAAUGCCCCCUUACUUUUGGUGUCAAGCUUCUCAUUUUCAAAUAUUGAUGGGCCAACUGUUUGGCAUAUUCUAUUCAACUAUGUCUCUAAAUGACUUCAGCACUAUAACUAGUUAUAGCAUUAACAGUAACAAUCAUUCUUAAUCUGUCUUUCAGAGACCUUUUUUGAAUAGAUAUGUCAUGCAUUCUAAAUAUUCUCCUAAUUAUUACUAGACAAUGGCAGAGAUUAUCAUGAUCGCCCAAAAAAUGAAAUUUAAUAAUAAACAAUAAAAAAGAAUAGAUAAAUAAUCAUGCAUCAUGAUAUGAUGGCUUAACUUAUCCUUAUCAACUUCAAAGCCGAGCCUAUGUUUAGCCGAGAGUCAACCCUCUAUUUCUUGAGAAACCCGUACAACUAUCAGACUAGCAAUUGUCAUUCAUUUAUCGCUGGUUUAACAGAGCAAAUCCUCUCUUCGCCUCCCACCCAUUAGAUAUCAUGGCUGCUCUUCUCAAGAAGCCGUUGAAGCUUGCCCUGGUGCAAUUGGCCUCAGGCGCAGAUAAAGCUCUCAAUCUCUCACACGCGCGCACCAAAGUGCUGGAAGCCGCAAAGGCUGGCGCAUCCCUCAUCGUCCUACCAGAAUGCUUCAACUCCCCCUACGGCACCCAGUACUUUCCAAAAUAUGCAGAGACGUUUCUCCCCUCUCCACCUUCAAAGGAGCAAUCCCCAUCCUUCCACACCUUGUCCACCCUAGCCUCAGAAGCAAAGGCCUAUAUAAUCGGCGGCAGCAUCCCCGAAUUCGCCCCAGAGAGCAAUAAAUAUUACAAUACUUCCCUCGUCUUCUCCCCUACAGGCACACUGAUUGCCACCCACCGCAAGACACAUCUCUUCGACAUCGACAUCCCGGGAAAAAUCACUUUCAAAGAGAGCGAGGUGUUGACGGCGGGUAAUAAGAUAACCAUCGUUGAUUUACCGGAGUAUGGCAAGGUUGGUCUAGCUAUAUGCUAUGACAUACGCUUCCCGGAGUCUGCAAUGAUUGCGGCACGCAAGGGCGCUUUCCUAUUGGUAUACCCUGGCGCGUUCAACAUGACUACGGGGCCUCUGCACUGGUCAUUGCUGGGACGGGCGAGGGCGAUGGAUAAUGAGGUCUACGUUGGUCUGUGCAGUCCAGCUAGGGAUAUGAAUGCCACGUACCAUGCAUGGGGCCAUAGCUUGGUUGUGAAUCCCCGGGCAGAAGUUCUGGUGGAGGCUGCAGAGAGUGAGGAGAUCGUUUAUGCCGAUCUAGAGCCCCAGGUGAUUGAGGAUAUUAGGAAGGGCAUUCCCAUUUAUGAGCAGCGGCGGUUUGAUGUGUAUCCUGAUAUCAGCAAGGGGGAUAUCAAGUUUGAGGAAUGAGGGCAUUUGACAAAUAAGCUAUUUACUCGACUAAUGACAUGAUAUAUGAAGUACGGUGAGAAGGGCAAGCUCAAUCCGUCCGCGCCUCUGCUCCCUAGAACCGCUUGUGACGCAUUUGAAUCGACUCCAUACAAUUUCUUGGGCCCGCCGUGGAUUCCAAUCCGUAGUUCAUGGACUUAAACACACAAUAGCAAAGACACAGAACAUAUCAAAUGCUAUUACAUAACCGUAAAAUGGCAAAGCAUAUAAUCUAAUAGAUCGCAGCUGUCCUUGGAGAUUUUGCAUUUAUUUCCCAAACAGGAAGGAGCGGAAUUCCAUCACGUGAUAUUCAAGC